CGGUCAUAUACUAACUUGCCAAUUCGGUAUAACGAAGAGGAAUACACGAGAAUUAGUACAUUAUAGGCCUACACAUGUACUGGUAUUUGCACAUUAAAAAGGAGGUGUCCUCAUAUGAAUAUACAGUGCAUUUAUCAGGAAGUCAACAUUAAAAAGCAUUAAUCAUCGACCAAAAUGGCCGGACUGUCUGAGCAAGAGAUUGUUGGGUACAGAGAGGUGUUUGAUAUGUUUGACAAGGAUGGCAGUGGAUUUAUUUCUUCUGGUGAACUAAAGGCAGCGCUUGAACAAAUGGGUCACAGGCCCUCGGAUGAUGACGUACAGGCGAUGCUCAUAGAGGUUGACGCUGAUGGUAGUGGUACGAUAGACUGGGGAGAAUUCUUGCGUAUGUUCCAGAAGAAACCAAGAAAACAGCACAAGGAAGCCAAUCUCAGGAAGGCAUUCAAAGCCAUGGAUAAGGACAAAAGUGGAGACAUAUGUAUUGCAGAGGUCCGACAGUUCCUCAGAGACAAUGGUAUCGGCGAAGAUAUCGUCCCAGAUGAUAAACUAGACGGAAUGAUUGCUGAGGUUGAUUCAUCCGGUGAUGGAAAGAUAUCUUUUGAGGAAUUCUUGACAAUGAUGAACGCUUAAGAUGCAUCAUU